UUAUUUGUAUUGUCUCUUCUUUUGCACAUGAAUGUAGGUAUAUUAGAAAUUUAAGAAAACUAAUCAAACAUUCGAAUUUCUCUAUAUUUUUCCUCCAACCGCCGCCACUGUGAUUUGUUUUGAAUUCAUGUGUCAAUUUCUACUUACGACUACUUGAUUUUGCCUUUCUUUAUCUGAUACAUCCGCACUGUAAUGUUUGUUGAUACUACCAAUAUAUACAUACAUUAACUUUCCAGCAGGCAAUUCAGUGUAAUAGUGCAUCAAAGCAACAAGUUUAUUUAUAAGAAAAUGCACGAAAUAUUUGCUAACAUAAAUUCAUAUUCAAUAAACAUCAAGGAGUACAAGAAAGAGUACAUGUGCCAUUUAGAGCAUUUACGUGAUAACAUUUUUAAAAGCUUAAAGAAAGAUGCAGUUUUUUCAAGACUAUAUAAUGGCGUGUAUCUGAAAGGAAGUUACGGCGACAACUUGAAAGUAAAGUACCCUGACGAGUACGAUCUGGUUUUCCGCCUUAAGCUACCAGAAAGUCAUCGAAUUAUUGUUGUAAAGGAUCGAAACGUACCAGGAAAUGUUAUACUAGAUUUGACAGAAGUGUUUCGAACUAUUGCAAACCAAAAGCAACAUGCUGAUAUCUUGAAAUAUUUGAAAAAAUGGGUAACGGACAACAAUCUACUUUCAAUAAAACUACUUCAAAGUUGGCUAGAGCGCUGUUUUACAAAAGCCUUAGACGAUCUAAACAAGCAAAUUAUCUACAAAAAUAUCGUAUCAACUAUAAUCUAUAGAAAGCAAGGUCCAGCACAUACGAUCUUUAUCUAUACCCCCUACAAAUAUUCUGUAGAUUUCGUGCCAGCGAUUGUUUUGAACUCUUCGCAAGCUGUGUUAAAGAAUAUCCCGGGCAAUUGGGACGCUGUGCCCAAACCGCUAAAGGAUACACUAAGCAUAACGUCAUUUCGAGCUUCGUAUGACUCGCUCGAGAAUGAAAUUAUAAAAGAUAAAAAAAAUUUAAAAAAUGCGCUGAGGAUUAUGAAAAAAUUUCGCGAUAGACAUCAAAAUAUGAGCAACUUAAAGAGUUACUAUAUAAAAACGAUAUUUCUAUGGAGAGCAUCAACAGAGUCUACUUGUUUUUGGAAUAAGUCCAUAAAUUUCGUUAUAAUGGAAAUGUUUAACGACUUAAAAACGAGCCUUGUGAAAUGUAAGCUUCCUUACUUCUGGGAUGCUGGCUUAAACUUGUACGACAAAAUUGGUGCGCCCGGAUUAUUAGAGAUGAGAAAAUGUGUGGAGAGUAAAGUAGUUACUCUCGAAAGGUAUCAAAGAUUGCAAGUGAAAACAGAGAAUGAUGCUUACAAGGUGUAUGAAAUAUUCCUGACCGAAACGGAACGAAGGAAAAUGGGUAUACAAAAAAUCAAAUCACCAACUGUAGAAGACACAAGAAACGAUUCCACACAACCUAACGAAAUAAAAAGCCAAAAUGACUCAAUUCUGUCUAAAUGCACAAUAAGUUAAAAUGUAAUCGUACUUUAAAAAUCAUGUAUCCUUCAUUUGGACCGGACCGAACUUUAUAUACACGCGCACAUCAUGGUAAAAUUUUAUUUCGGCUGGCUGUUCAUUUUUGGAAUCGAACAAACUCAAAAACAAUAAGAGUUAUAGCUCGUAACAUCAGAUGGAUGGACGCAAAUUUAGUCUUAACCUAUAAAAAGUGGGAUUGGUUUCUAUUCGGUAUCAAUGCAAUUCAUGACGCAUAUAAAUGAGGAGGGAAUCAAAACAUGUACCAAAUUUAACCGAGUUUUAUCAAGUCGUUAUCGAGA